GGAGGGGACAGUGUUGACCUUCACUGCUAUUUGGAGGACAGAGUGAAGAAGAUCAGUGAACAUGUCCGGGCUAAGACCAAGAUUCCCAUGCAGGACCAGGUCCUUUUGCUGGGCUCCAAGAUCCUGAAGCUCCAGAGGAAGCUGUUGUCUUACGGCAUUGACAAGCAGACGACCAUGCACCUCACUCUGAAGGUGGUGAAGCCCAGGGAUGAGGAGCUGCCCUCGGUUCUGGUGGAGUUAUGCAAUGAGGGGCAGAGGUCCAGCUCAGGGGCCCAGGUGAAACAGAUGAUAGAGACCAAGACCGCUAUCAUGCCUGGGAAUCAGGUUGUGACUUGCAAUGGCAAGAGGCUGGAAGAUGGGAAGACCAUGGCGGACUAUGGCAUCAGAGGGGGCAAUUUACUCUUCCUGACAGCCCACUGCGUUGGGGGCUGAGCUCUCCAGGGAUGGGUGAGAUCAGGAGCAAAAGUGCUUACUGUUGGCUCUUACUCCACCCACAUCCCUUGAUGAUUUCCCAAAUUAACGAGAAAGAUAAAUAGAAAAGGUUAAGGGUGAAGUACGGAGGAAGACUGCAGAAAACAUUCUAACUCCGUGAUUUUUGAGUCUAACAUAAUUGAUUAGUGGCUGGAUUGUGCAUAUUACUGAAAACAGAAAAUAACAUUUUAAGGCACAGUAGAGAUAGCCUCAAGGCCAGGUUGCAAUGUAUUCCUUUCCUGGUUCCUUCUGAUUUUUACAAAAAUUCCUAUUUCCUCUUCUGUUCAACAAGUUAGUUUUACAUCGCGAUCCAUGUUCCCCUCAUUUCUGUGUUUCCACUGUUAUAUUUCAUCUGUAAUAUCACUCAAAAUGUUGAAUCAAAUUGAAUUUCUGCUUAUAGAGAACAGUGAAAUGAUUUAUAUUGAAGUAAAGUAAUUCUUCUGAUAUGAUUACAAUCUCAUUAAUAAAGAAUUUAGAAAUUCAGUUAAAC